AUGGUUUCUAUAUGGAAACUUCUAACGAUUUCCUUAGCUUUGCAUUUUGUGGAGGCUAAUUUUACUAAGGUUUCCAAAGGAAAUGUUUUACUAUCUAGGCGGAGGAGGUAUCUGAAUUUCCCUGUGGGCAGUAAUUUUAUAAUAACUUUAUCUCAUAUAAAGUUCCUUCUUCAAGUACAGCCUCGGGGAUGGGCUAUUUUAUUAGAGGCUGAUGUGCCAUUCCCUCUCCCUACCGACAUCAAAAAGCUUAAAAAAGGGAAAAAAGCAAAACGAAACAUUGACAAGGAUGACUUCUUGAAUCAAGUGAAAAACGUGUUGACAGGGGUUGGCUUGAACGGAGACAUAUGCAUUAGAAAAAUAAUGUGUGCGAUCCUACAGCACAAAAAGACCAAAGAAAAAUCUUUAGUAAAAGACCUGCUGUAUGCGGCAUUCAUAUAUCCCGAGGAUGGCUUUGGUAUCCAACGAGACGAAUGUAAUGUUAGCUUUGUGCAGUGUUCAGUGCCCCUGUUAGAAUACCUAAUGGGAAAUGUAUAUCUGCAAUCAAAGAAAUUGUAUUUAUAAAUAGCUUAGCGCCUCUACUAUCUCUUGAAAUAUAUUUUUCCUGGAUAUACCUGUAUGUUACAAUAAUCAUGCUAUAUUUUUAAAUAAUAUUGAAAAAGA